AGCAUAUGAUUUUACUUAUAGGAAAUGUACAGAACAAGCAAAUCCACGGUGAAAGAGUGGUUGCCAGGGCUUAGGGGAGAAUGACUAAGGGCUAACGGCUAAGGGAUAAGGAUUUCUUUUUGGGGUGAUGACAAUGCUGUAGAAUUAGAUAAUAAUGAUAAUAACGAUGGUUGCACAAACUUGUGAACAUACUACUGAAUUGUUUAGUUAAAAGGGCCAAUUUUGCGGUACGUGAACUACAUCUUAAUUGAAAAGUAUGAAAUUUUUAAACAAGAAAAAGCCGCUCCCGGCCUAGCAUUUCAUUUUUUAAAAAUCACAUCUAGUUAGCUAUUUUUUAAAAAACAGCAUGUUUAUUUUAAGAAAAGUUGGAAACACCGGCUUCCCCAAGUCACCACCACCAACUUGUGAACACGUGGGGAUCACGGCUUAAGGAAUGAGGAUCACACCCGAGAGUUGCUUCUGUUGCUAGUGGAAAGAACGCCUCUGAUCCUCACGCCCUUCCACUCACAACACACACAGAAGCUGGCUGAAAAGAGGGAAAGUAAUACGAGCCCUAAAAAUGCCAGUCCUUCCUCUCACAGGACUGGACGUCCCAGACACCUGGCAAGAGCAGGGGUGGGCCUGGCAGAGUGUGGACGGACAGGUGCUGGGACCUGGGGGGCCCGGGGGUAGGGUUUAAGGGCUUAAGGGCUUAGGGACGUGGUGUGAGGGCGUGGGCGGGGCUCAGGAGCCUCUGGCACCCGGUGGAGCUUAGAAGCCGCACGGGCGUGGAGGGGGCGGGGCUCAGGGCCCGGAUAAACGGGACGAGGAGGGGCACCUGGGCGGGGCUCAGACCGGGAUAUAGGGGCGGGGCCCUGGGCGUGGGCGGGGCUCAGGACCCAGAGCCCAGAUGGGCGGGGAGCGGCCGGACGCGGGUGGGGUGGGCGCCUAGACGCGAGCCUCGGGCGUCUAGCUGCCCAGACGGCGGCGGCGGUGGCCGCACGCGCCGCCCGGCUUCUGCCCUCGCGGCGCUCUGGCUCUUGGUCCCCCACGCCAUGCCGCGGGCCGCGCCGCCCACCGAGCUGGUGCCGUCGGAGCGCGCCGUGGUGCUGCUGUCGUGCGCGCUCUCCGCGCUCGGCUCGGGCCUGCUGGUGGCCACGCACGCCCUGUGGCCCGACCUGCGCAGCGGGGCACGGCGCCUGCUGCUCUUCCUGUCGCUGGCCGAUCUGCUCUCGGCCGCCUCCUACUUCUAUGGAGUGCUGCAGGACUUCGCGGGCCCGUCGUGGGACUGCGUGCUGCAGGGCGCGCUGUCCACCUUCGCCAACACCAGCUCCUUCUUCUGGACCGUAGCCAUUGCGUUCUACCUGUAUCUCAGCAUCGUCCGCGCCUCGCGCGGGCCCCGCACAGACCGCCUGCUUUGGGCCUUCCAUGUCGUCAGCUGGGGCGUCCCGCUGGUCAUCACUGUGGCAGCCGUCGCCCUGAAGAAGAUUGGCUACGAUGCCUCGGACGUGUCUGUGGGCUGGUGCUGGAUUGACUUAGAGGCCAAGGACCACGUCCUGUGGAUGCUGCUGACGGGGAAGCUGUGGGAGAUGCUGGCAUACAUAUUGCUGCCCCUGCUGUACCUCCUGGUCCGGAAGCACAUCAACAGAGCGCACAUGGCGCUCUCUGAGUACCGGCCCAUCCUCUCCGAGGAGCACCGCCUGCCUCGCCGCUGCUCCGUGGCGGACAAGAAGCUGGUGCUCAUCCCACUCAUCUUCAUCUGCCUCCGGGUCUGGAGCACUGUGCGGUUCGUGCUGACCCUCUGUGACUCCCCCGCGGUGCAGACGCCGGUGCUGGUCGUUCUGCAUGGUAUCGGGAACACGUUUCAGGGAGGUGCCAACUGCAUCAUGUUCGUCCUCUGCACCCGCGCCGUCCGAACCCGGCUCUUCUCUCUCUGUUGCUGCUGCUGCUCUUCUCAGCCUCCCACCAAGAGCCCGGCCGGCACUCCCAAGGCGCCCGCGCCCUCCAAGCCAGGAGAGUCUCAGGAAUUCCAAGGGACCUCAGGGGAACUUCCAAGCACCUGAGCUUUUGUCCUUUCUAGUUCUGUGCAUAGGUGCCGCCUUCCUGGGGGUGGGCGCUUCUGUGCGUCCCUGCUGCAGGGGCGGAAGUGCAUGUCUGCUGCACCGGAAGCUCCGGGUAUUGAUGCUCUCGGCUCCACUGGGAAAGCAGCCGCCAACUCAGCUUCUUCUACCUCCUAGAUCCUCAGGCAGCAAGUUCCACCUGUACCAGUGUCCUGGCGCACUGGGGUGGGUGUUCAUCUGCAUAAGGGUAGCAGUGAGAUUCAGGGAAACCAGUGGUCCACGACUGCAGCCACGGUGCCUCCACCCAGUGGACCUUGGUGUCCUGAGAGCCACACAGCACUGCACAGCACUGUUUACAAUUUGAGGGAUCCACACCUGUGCACCUAUCUUCCGUGUGAUUAAAUAAGCUGUCGGGGGCCCCAGAGAUGUGUCCCCAUCCAGACAUCAUGGUGUUGAGACAUCAUGGUCCGGGUGUUGAGAUUCUCUGGAGAGCCCAGCUUUCCUUGGAAAGUUUGCUCAACAGAGGAACCAGCUGCCAUUCACCAGGUUGAAGGUUCCCCUGAGGUUUCGUGGUGAUCACCAGGGGUGAGCACAGCCCAGCACAGCUGCUUAGGGACAGCAGUCUCCCUGCGCCUCCUGGCCUCGCCCUCUGUGGGCUGCUAACCCUUGCUGUAGCUCGGGUUUGAGUGUCAAGCACAGGCCAGAAUCCACACUCCUGCCCCCACCUGUCAAUCACUUCAGACACAGGUUCCCUCCUUCCAAUUCCAAGGCUGGAACAAGGGCAGGAAGAGGCGUCUCAGGGAACCCCUGAAGACCCCACUGUCUCCCCAGCUCCUUUCUUAUAAUCCUCCUGUUCUUGGGGAGACCAAAGUGGGUGAGCGGGGAGGGAUUCUGGCUUAUUUACUUCUUAGUUUAGUUUUUUGUAAGUUAAAGUGGCCGGAGAGAUGAGUAAUCCAAAUAUGAUUCCUCAGGCCGGGCACAGUGACUCCCACCUGUAAUCCCAGCACUUUGGGAGGCCGAGGCGGACAGAUCACCUGAGGUCA